AUGCCCAUCUACCACUCUCCUACCUCUGCCUCCCGGAAUCAUUCCCGUCGUAGCUCUGGCCGCCGUAGCUUCACUACGGCAGCCAUUCCGUCUAGCCCAAAGAUUGAGUCACCCCGCACUCUCUGUCCACGAGAUGGCGAUGCGUUCAGCUACGACCCGAACCACCUUCCGGCGUGGUACAUCCCUCAAGACUUAUGGAACAGUCUCCCCACCGAGCUAAAGUCUACUCUAGCUGCCCUUCAACACUCUGGAGCUGCAGUCCUCAGCGGAUACGAGCGACUCCACCAACAUAGCGCGAAAGUAGACACCAUCGCUCAUGCUCAGACCUUCGAAGAUGAGUUAGAAGUCCAGCUCGACGACAGCGUCGAUCGACUCACUAACCUUCGUCCGACCCUGGCAAAACUGCGGACCUCCAGCAAUGCUAGCAGCCGAUAUGACUCUUUCGUCUCCUCUCCUGUCUAUUCCUCUUCUUCCUCGCCCAGGUCCGACUCUCCUGCCCGGUCUAUGUCUGGGUCUCAGACCUCAUUGGCAUCCCCAAUCUCCCCCGUCUGCUUAACCCCCAUUGAUCUGGAUCCUAUCCACCCACACAAGCGUCACCACGAUCGCUCCUUCUCUGUUCCGCUCGACCCCCAAAAUGCUUAUUACACUACCGAGCUCUCCCAACUCCGCACCGAAUCAAUUCCACGUCUCCGCCAUGCCGCCCGCAAGGUGGACACGGAGUGGUACGAGUCCAAACGCCUCGGAACUGUCACUGGCGAUGACGUUGUCGAGUUUGAGAAGUGGUAUGCGGAGAAGAAGGCCACGAUCCGCCACCUUGAUGAUCAAUGCAAGCGCCUCAGUUUCGCCAACGGCGUCGCUCCCACUGGCUUGGGCUGGACUGCCCCGUGA